AUGCUAUGCGAGGUUCUGGAGCGCAUUGUGACGCAAAUCCUGCGGCGGGCGCGUGUUCCACUGACGGCUAAGCGGCUCGCAGAUGUGUUGGACGGCGCGGUGUCGGCUGACAACGUGACAGAGGUGUGCAUCAAGAUGGUUUCAGAGGGUGUGUUGGAGAGAUGGGGCGAUGACGCAUACGCACUGAAGGGCAUGAGGCAUAUUCUGUCCCGCAAUCUCCUCAUCACGCAGGAAUACCAGGCGCUCGGAAUGACACUUCUCCGUGUUGCUGAAAAAACGAUAGUGCACUACAUUCCACGUGAGGCAGAACAUCGAUUCUUGGAGGUGCGUAAGUCACUGAUUGGGAAGAGGGCGGGUCUUGGUCUCUUCCUGCGGUCGUCAAGGGCGUUGCCGCAGGGUGCUGUGAUUUGCGAGUACGUUGGUCGUGUGCUGCGCCGCCCGCCGAAGGAGUCGGAGCAGAGCGCCUAUGUUGUGAAGCUGCGAACGGCACCGAUUUAUGUGGACGGUGUGGAUGAGAAGGGUGAACACCUUUCGCUGGCGACUUUUAUUAAUGACAACGGGCCUACAGCUGCCAACGUCGAGAUGCGGGAGUACGAUAUACACGCGGGCCGUGUAUUUGUUGUCGCUAACAGAGACCUCCUUCCAGGCGAAGAAGUGCUUUGUACAUACGGUUCAAAAUACUGGGGCUACUCCUCCUAUGCUGAGAUCCUGCAGAACCUCAACAACCUGUCUCGGAAGAGGAGGCGUAGUGGUGAUGAGGAAUCUGAUGGGGACGAAGCUGACUUUAUGCGGGAUUUUGUCUUUCCCUGCAGGCGGUGUGGAGAACAGGUGACCAAACGUCUGAUGUCGCUUCAUCACCGAACCUGUGGGGACCAUCAGGUCACACAAAAGUUGUUGCACUUGAAUUGUCUGCCCUUUAAUGAUUCCACCGCGAUGGAAAACAGGAGCAAGGUUCUUCCAGGAGGGCGUCAGCGGGCGUUGCGGCGGGCGAAGCACUUCGUCGACCUGGCGGACCCGCAGACAUUUGCCCUUUCUCACGAAGAUGUCGUUGGCGAUCUCACCUUCUCAUGGUCUAGAGCGUAA